ACCUAAGCAGUCAAAACAACUAGAAGAAAAGAAAAGAAGAAGACAGAGGAGGACUCAACUAAACAAACAAGAAGACUAAGUGAAAACUACUGGACACUGACAAGAGCCUGCAGACGCUGACACUGACCCUCCCCUACUGGAGCACUCAGAGGCUCUGAACAUCAUGAGGGAACAGUUCUCCCAGAUGGAGACAGAGCUGGUACAGCUCAGGGAGCAGCUGGACCAACAGCAGCCUAACUCUCCCUCCUUCCAGGAUACCCUGACCAUCUUCAGGAGAGAACUGGAGGACAUACUCAAUGCUCGGUUGAGAGAGUUUCAGCAGGACAGAACCAGUCAUAGCAGACAGCUGGACUACCUCAGUGAGGAGGUGAAGCAGCUGAGAAGUGACAGAGACAGCUGUAAGGCAGAGAUAGCAGCACUGAGAGAGGAGCUGCUGGAGAGGGACAGAACUCUGCUCAGUCUACAGGAGAGCCUGAAAACACAAUGCUCUCUACCUACAGUCACCCCUCAGAGCCAGACCAUCCCCACCCAAACCAGCCCUGCACCUGCUCAGCCUCCACACAGCCCUACCCCUGGGAGCUCACCCCACCUCACUCAACCAGCUCCAGCCUCCAGCCACAGCCAUGCGCCCACCCCAGCACCAGUGGAUUCUCCACACUCCACUGAGACUGCACAGACACACAGAGGCAGAAGGGCUGAAAUUAUCCUGCUCAUGGACUCCAACGGAAGGUUUCUAGAUGAACAGACACUUUUCCCGAGACAUAAAGUCGAGAAGAUCUGGUGCCCUAACACCCAGAGAGCCCUGGAGCUCUUGACCGUGGCUGAGCUAGGAUCACCCAGCCAUAUUAUCAUCCACACAGGCACCAACGACCUAAGGUCCCAACAGGAGAGAGUGGCAGACUCACUCAGGAGAAUGAUUGAAAAAGCCUCCACCACCUUCCCAACCAGCAAAAUCAUCAUCUCCACCCUCCUGCCAAGAAGAGACUUCCACCCCCACACCAUACACAGGGUGAACGCCAGCGUCUCCAGGGACUGUGCCCUGAAACCCAAUGUGUUCCUGGCUCACCACCCGAUACUAGGUCCGGACUACCUGUAUGACCAUGUACACCUGUACAGAGAAGCAGUCCCCAUCCUGGCCAAGACCCUGAAGGACGUCGCCUUCAGCAGGAACCUCACCACCACCCAGAGGAACAGUCCGCCAGCACAGACCCCACCCAGACCUCCUACACCUCCCAGACCUUCUAGACCUUCUAGACCUCCCAGACCUGCCAUAGCCCCUAGACACCACCGGCCCAGACUACCAGCAAGGAUACCCAGGACACUCCAGCCCCCGCAGGAUCACCAGCAUCACCAACACACCCCACAACCAAGUCAACACAGGCCCCCACAAACCAGCCAGAGCACCCCCCAGCCUAGACCCCCUGCCCCCCCCCUACAUCCAGCAGUACAGCCAGCUCUACAGGCACCCCAGCCUACUGGACGGAACUAUGCUGAGGUUGUGAGAGGAGCGGCACCCCCACCCCCCACUGGUGACCUCAGGGAGAUACAAUACAUGUUACACCUGCUCUGCUCUAACCUCAUAGCUACAUAAUAGAAGAGCAGAGACAGAAUCUUAAAGAAUAAGAAUCUUAUCGUAAAAUGUUUAAGAUAAAAUCAUAUAUACAUACAUACAUCACACAUUCUAAACUAUCCACCCAAAUCCCUAAUUUAGUUUAAUUUAACUUAGUUGUUUAUUUCUUGUUUUUAUUAUCGUUAUUGUUUUUUCAGUGUUUGUCUUAUUUUUAAAACAGAACACAUUUAAAGAUGAAAUCUUUUCAAAUAACAUGUUGGAACAUUCAAGGCCUUAGAUCAUCUGCUUUUGGAUUAAAAAGCCGAAAUCCAGAUUUUAUUAGAGAAGUAAAAGACUCUGAUAUCACCGUCUUACAAGAGACAUGGUACAGAGAAGACAGUUCCACUGGUUGUCCUUGCGGUUACAUUGAGAUUAUUAUCCCAUCAAUUAAACUCCAAACAGUAACCCAGGGUAGGGACUCAGGAGGCAUGAUUAUUUGGUAUAGAUCAGAACUAACCCAUUCAAUUCAAAUUAUCAAAAAAGCAGAAUCCUAUAUUUGGCUGAAAAUUAACAAAGAAGUAAUAAGUGCAGACCAACAUGUCUACCUAUGUGCUAUUUACAUACCCCCCUCAGAUUCCCCCUACUACAAUGAAGAUGUUUUUUCCACUCUAGAGGGGGAAAUAAACCAAUUUAAAACUUUAGGAAACGUGCUAGUCUGCGGAGACCUGAACGCUAGAACUGGAGAGAAAGCUGACACUGUAAACAUCCAGGGAGAUCAGCACUUAGGCCUACCUGGAGAAACCUGCUUUCCUCUCCCCGAACUCCCCCCAAGACACAAUUUUGAUAAAAUUACAAACACAAAUGGUACCCAGCUUUUACAGCUCUGCCGCACGCUGGGUCUGUAUAUAGUCAAUGGUAGGUUACGAGGAGAUUCUCUGGGCCGUUACACUUUUAGUUCAGCUCUUGGCAGUAGUACGGUAGACUAUGCCAUAACAGAUCUGGACCCAAUGUCUCUCAGAGCUUUCACAGUCAACCCACUCACACCCCUCUCGGACCACAGCAAGAUCACGGUCUAUCUGAAGAGGGCACACAGUAACUAUGAGGCCUCUAAACCCAGUGAACUGUACAACACCACACAUUCAUACAGAUGGAAAUCAGACAGCAUGGAGAGCUACCAAAAGGCAUUUGAAAAUGCCAAAAUCCAAUAUUCAAUCGAUUUAUUUCUUUCUGAAAUAUUUCCCCACAAUAAUGAUGGUGUAAACACUGCUGUGGGCAAAAUUAACGCAAUUUUUGAUAAAUUGGCAAAGUUAUCAAACUUGAAAACCUCUAAUCAAAAACCAAAACAAAUACACAAUAACAAAUGGUUUGACAAUGAUUGCAAAAAUAUAAGGAAAACUUUAAGAAAGUUAUCAAACGAAAAACAUAGAGACCCAAAUAACCAAAACAUACGCCUUCAUUACUACGACACCUUGAAACAAUACAAACGCACACUGAGAGCAAAGAAAGACCAACACACCAGAACCCAGCUCUCUGAAAUAGAAGAAUCUUUAGAGUCAAACCAGUUCUGGCAGAAGUGGAACACUCUAAACAAAACACAACAAGAUCAAUUGGCAAUACAAAAUGGCAGCAUUUGGAUGAAUUAUUUUACUGAAUUAUACAGCAAUAUUACAAAGAACAGUGACCAAAACAAAACACACGCCAAGUGGAAAACUUUAGAAUUAGUAAUCAAAGACAACCAAAACCCUCUAGAUGCUUCAAUAACAGAGCAGGAACUGACGGAAAGCAUCCAAUCCCUGAAAGCUAAAAAGGCCUGUGGAGUCGACAGCAUCUUAAAUGAAAUGAUCAAAUAUUCUGACCAUAAAUUAAAAUUGGCUAUACUCAAACUUUUUAAUAUAAUUCUAGCAGUUGGCACUUUUCCUGACAUAUGGAAUAAAGGUUUAAUAACACCCCUUUAUAAAAAUGGAGAUAAAUAUGACCCUAAUAAUUACCGUGGGAUCUGUGUAAAUAGUAACCUGGGAAAAACCUUUUGCAACAUUAUGAAUAAAAGACUCA